UUCAACAUUAUUCUGAGCAUCAUACGUCCGACAACUAACUCUAAGUUUAAGUCACAAACUAAAAUAGUAAAAAUGGUCGCCGUAAAGUUCGUUGUAGUAAUAGCUAUUGCUAUAGUAUCACAGGUUCAAUGCGUGCCCUGCGGUUUUCCAAUCCCACCUCCAUGUGCUUCAGCUUCUCCUGCUAUAAGCCCGGCUCUUCUGAGUUUAUUACCGUUUUUAGCAUCCUCAGCACCAGGCCCGUGCGCUGCUCCAGCUCCACUUCCACUCCCACUACCUCUUCCAGCUCCAGCACCACUUCCACUCCCACUCCCGGCUCCAUGUGCUCCAGCCGCCCCAGCUAUUAGUCCAGCUCUCUUAAGCUUGUUGCCACUCUUGCUCGCACCACCUGCUCCAGCUCCAUGCGCUGCUCCAGCACCACUUCCCCUCCCUCUCCCUCUUCCAGCUCCAGCACCUCUCCCACUCCCACUCCCAGCUCCAUGUGCUCCAGCUCUUAGCCCAGCCCUUCUGAGCCUAUUACCGCUUUUGGCCGCUUCAGCACCAGGUCCAUGCGCUGCUCCAGCCCCACUUCCACUCCCACUACCUCUUCCAGCUCCAGCACCACUUCCACUCCCACUCCCGGCUCCAUGUGCUCCAGCCGCCCCAGCUAUUAGUCCAGCUCUCUUAAGCUUGUUGCCACUCUUGCUCGCACCAUCUGCUCCAGCUCCAUGCGCUGCUCCAGCACCACUUCCCCUCCCUCUCCCUCUUCCAGCUCCAGCACCUCUCCCACUCCCACUCCCAGCUCCAUGUGCUCCAGCUCUUAGCCCAGCCCUUUUGAGCCUUUUACCGCUUUUGGCCGCUUCGGCACCGGGUCCAUGCGCUGCUCCAGCACCACUUCCACUCCCUCUCCCAGCUCCAGCUCCCCUCCCACUCCCACUCCCACUCCCGGCUCCAUGUGCUCCAGCUGCCCCAGCUAUUAGCCCAGCUCUUUUGAGCUUGUUGCUCACCCCACCUGCUCCAGCUCCAUGCGCUGCUCCAGCACCACUCCCAUUACCUCUCCCAGCACCAUGUGGCUGCUAAUUUGUGCAAUAACUGUUAAUUAGUACAAAUCAAAACUGUGAAAUUUAAAAUAAAGCUGUUGAUUUUUAAAUAUUGAA